AUGUGGCUCAGGAUAAAACCUUCGAGGCUGGUAACGCGCUCGUUCUCGUCUCUUUGUAGGGAGCCUCUCCCACUUCCUCCCCCAGGCCCUCCUUUGGCCUGUAACGAACCCGUCGACGAAGAGAUCUGUCCUGGCUACAAUUCUGGAAAUUUCUAUCCAGCUCAACCUGGCGCUGUACUGGCCGACCGCUAUCAGAUCCUGGUCAAAGUUGGCUGGGGGACCUCUUCGACCGUAUGGCGAUUAAGAUACCGACAUGAGCCGGAAACCCUUGUGGCAUUGAAGAUAACAAAUACCAACUCGCGUACAGCUGGUGAAGAGCGUGAUAUUGAGGACCACAUCGCAAAGGCAGAUCCAUCUCAUCGCGGCCGUGCACUCUUUAGAACUUCCUCGGAAUGUUUCGAGAUUGCCGGUCCAGAAGGGAAACAUUUGUGCUUAGCAUAUGAGCCCAUGAGGGAGCCAAUGUGGCUUUACCAGAAGCGUUUUAAAGAUGGGAGGAUACCCCUUCCUCUAGUCAAAACAGCUUCCCUUCAGGCGAUAACAAAACUUACAAUCCGUACUGGAGACUUGAAACUCGAGAAUAUCAUGAUGGGCUUUGAAGAUCCAGCGGUCGCGAGCGACUUUAUGGGCUCCGCGUUCGAUCAACCGAUGCAGCAUAAAGUCGACUCCACAGGCAGACCGAUUUACCGUUGCCAUAAUGAUUUCGGGCCACUGAGAACAUUGAGAAGUAUACCAAAGAUUGCCGACUUUGGACUAUCUACUAGACUCGACUGUUCAGACGACUGGGGGAUAUACCCGAUUCAGCCAGACCACUAUCGCGCACCAGAGGUUAUUCUGGGCUGCGGCUGGAGAAUGGGAGCUGAUAUCUGGAACCUUGGGACUCUUCUUUGGGAUGUUAUCGAGGGCAAGGAACUGUUCCGACAGAUACACAACGCCCAGGGCCGCUAUGAUGCUAAACUGCAUCUCGCGGAGAUGAUAGCUCUGUUGGGACCUCCUCCCCCGGAGCUGGUUACGAGAUACCAGUCGAUGCUUGGGUUUAUUUCUGCACGAAGCCUUGAUCCCCGACAGAAAGCUCGCGGAUACGUUGCCUUCCCUGGGAAGGGAGAGAGAGAACUUCUUCUCCUUUGUCAAGAUGAUGCUUACCUGGCUUCCGGAAGAGAGGGCAACUGCGCGCGAACUGGCCAAGCAUCCAUUUCUCCAGCUAAAGUAGGAGAGCAAUUCUUAUUCUCUGUUAAAAUAGAAACGUACCAACCUUAA